AUGCUUAGCUCAAGAAUCUCAAAUUUACCUUUCUUGGAUGGAGCAGACGACAUGUACGCGACAACAAACAAAAGCCACUUUAAAUUAGCACCAGUCGCUGUCAUCCAGCCAAAACAAACCCACCUCACCAUGCAGAGGACCAACUUUAAACUGCAUUCAGAGGACAGGUGUGGAGACUUUGAGACUACUCAAUCCGAGUUAAAGCAGCUGCCGAUGUGUGCAGCCAAAAAAAUUCGUCCCACCACUGCAGUCAGGACAAGCCUGCCAGAGGACAAAUAUCCUGAACCCAUUUAUAGGUCUUCCUACAUCAAACAUAAAGUGUCCCGGAACCUCAGAGCAAAGCAAUCGGCAAAAACAGGUGUUGGGUCAAGUCUAAUUAUGGACAGAAGGGACAGAUUCAGAUCCAGUUAUCAUGAGCAGUUCCAGUACAGAUGGUUUCCUCAUCCUCCUCAGUCUGCAGAGAAGCAACAAAUGCAGUAUUCAUCUGUGGCGAUGGGAGAUCAAGAAGAGACACUGGACAAAAAACCAACAUAUUCUACCUCAUUCAGACAGUCAGGUGACCACAGCUCUGCUGAAUUCAAAAAAUGUUUGCUUCCUAAGAUAAAUAAAUAUCGGCCCAUCAACCUUCGAGAAAUUCCUGAUGACCAAUGGACAACAACCUCUUCUGAGGAAUUUUGUCACCACAAAUAUGGCCCUAUUCAUCUAGAGCGCAGAUGCCCGACUCUCAGCUUUGUGUUCAAAGGAGAAACACUCACGGGCGACCAGGAGAGACUGUUUACAACAAACCAGUGCUUCUUCCCAAAGAUAAAGUGCUCACAGUUCCCAGUGCAUGUGGAUGGAGCCAGUAUCAGGAAUUUGAGCGAUGUUAAGUUCGGGAGGCCUGAUUUUGCUGGAAUUUUUUAUAGCACAACAACACAAGAGCAGUUCCCACCAAAAGAGGAGGUCCGUCCCAAGCCUCCGGUCUAUCCGCCUAGCCAUGUACUGUUUGAGCAAGAGCCAGAUCAAAUGCUUACAACCAUGCAGAACGAUUUUGUCCCCCUAAACUGCAAAAGACAGAAAAUGAGUCCUAGCCAGCUUCAGCAGGUCAAAGGCAGCCAUAUCAGGCCCCGGCACAGCAAACAUGACCUCAGAACAACUUACAACAAAACGUUUGUUCCCAAACCCUACUGCAAGGCAUCCCUGGAAAAGCCACCUCUACAACACAUCAGCCACAUGCCGUUUUGA